AUGGCACCGUUCGAGGCUUUAUAUGGCAAGAGAAGCCGAUCUCCCAUUGGAUUGUUCGAUAUUGGGGAAGUAGAGUUGAUAGGAACAGGCCUCGUGCAUCAGGCUAUGGAGAAGGUUAUGAUCAUUAAGAAGCGGUUAAAAAUAGCCCAGAGUCAUCAGAAGUCUUAUUCGGAUGUUCGUCGUGGGGAUUUGGAGUUGAAAGAAAAUGAUUGGGUGUUCUUGAAGAGGAUUGGUCAGGUCGCUUACAAGUUUGAACUACCUCUAGAGUUGUCUUUAGUGCAACCGGUGUUUCAUGUAUCCAUGUUGAAGAAGGUGGUUGGAGAUCUGUCACUCAUUGUUCUGGCUGAGAGUAUUGAG